AUGGAUGCGCUGCUCUGAUUUAUUUCAGGGUGUCACCGUCCCUCAGCGUCUUUUGCCGUAUGAGCUGGAGCUGGAAGCCAACGUGACGCUGGAGAGACUCUUCCUCUAUGUGUGUGAAAUGGACAGGAGACCUUCAAUCCCUGAAUCCUGGGAGCUGCUGCCACAGGGAUCUGCCAUGAAGCAACUCCUGACUGAAUGUUGGGACCGGGACACAGACGCCCGUUUAACAGCACACUGUGUUGUGGACAGAUUAGUGUCUCUACAGACUGAUUUAUCACUGUGAUUAUUAGUAUGUGUAUAUAUAUAUAUAUAUUGUUGGAGUUGGAAAGCUCUUUUUGUUAUAUUUGUACACUCUUUGUUCUCAUUCUU